AUGUUGAACAGUUUGUUCAUAGUAAAUGCGUCAGGAGAUGUCAUAUUAGAGAAACAUUGGAAAGCUGUUAUUCAUAGAUCUAUAUGUGAUUACUUUUUCGAUGCUCAAAAGAAAGCCAGUUCACCCGAAGAUGUUCCUCCUAUCAUAUCUACUCCUCAUCAUUAUCUCAUAAGUGUUUACCACAAUCAGUUGUUCUUAUUAGCAGUUACGACAACUGAAACUCCACCAUUGAUGGUUAUUGAAUUUCUACAUCGCGUCGUCAGUACUUUGACUCAGUACUUCGAUGAAUGCUCUGAUUCUUCAGUCAAAGAGAAUUGUGUGAUGGUUUUUGAACUUCUCGAUGAAAUGCUUGACAAUGGUUAUCCACUAGUAACUGAGUUGAAUAUUCUUCAAGAUCUUAUUAAACCUCCGAACUUCUUGAGAAACAUAGCUAACCAGGUCACUGGAAGAACUAACCAUUCUGAGACUUUGCCUACGGGUCAAUUAUCUAAUAUUCCUUGGAGAAGACAAGGCGUUAAAUACACAAACAAUGAAGCUUACUUUGAUGUCAUCGAGGAGAUCGAUGCCAUCAUUGACAAACAAGGAUCAACUGUCUUUGCUGAGAUCCAGGGAUAUAUUGACGUCAUGUGCAAACUCUCGGGAAUGCCGGAUUUGACUAUGACUUUGGUAAACCCUCGUCUGCUUGAUGACGUAUCCUUCCAUCCCUGUGUUAGAUUUAAGCGCUGGGAAAAUGAGCGUGUGCUGUCGUUCGUACCUCCUGAUGGUAACUUCCGACUUCUCUCUUAUCACAUUGCAACGCAAAACAUGGUUGCUAUCCCCAUAUAUGUUCGCCACUUCAUAACUCUAAAAGGAGGCAGCUCAAGCAAACUCGAACUAACUGUUGGCCCCAAGCAGAGUAUGGGCAAGAUUUUAGAAGAUGUCGUCGUGGAAAUCGUGAUGCCUAAAGCUGUGUUGAACUGUAAUCUCAUCACCACUCACGGAAAGUAUUCAUUCGAUCCUACUACCAAACUACUUCAAUGGAACAUUGGAAAAAUAGAAUUAGGGAAGCCUCCUUCUCUCAAAGGACCGGUUUCUGUUUCUGGCACUGGCUCCAUUGAAUCUCCUCCUCUAACUGUAAAAUUCAAAAUCAAUCAAUUAGCCGUUUCCGGAUUGAAAGUUAAUCGUCUGGAUAUGUACGGAGAGAAGUACAAGCCUUUCAAAGGCGUCAAAUACAUAACGAAGGCUGGAAGGUUCCAAGUUAGGACUUAA